CCACUGGGUUGCACCUAACUAGACACCUUCCUGCUUGCCUCCUAAUGCAGACCUCUUCAUCACCCAGAGCCCUCUCUUUCUGAAGCAGUCAUGCCCGGGACCAAGAGUGCUAGCAGUUCCCAGGAAGCUGUUGACCUCAAACUGGACCUCAGGUCACCUCCUGAAAGUGCCAAGAAGCUGCAGAACAAGGACUUCAGUCUCUUGAAUGGAAGCCCUUCUGAGUUGCCCAGCUUGGAGAAGACCAAGGGCAUAACAGCGUUCCAGACCUUGGUUCACCUGGUGAAAGGCAACAUGGGCACAGGGAUCCUGGGACUACCCCUGGCUGUGAAGAAUGCAGGCAUCCUGAUGGGCCCGCUGAGUUUGCUGGCAAUGGGCUUCAUCGCCUGCCACUGUAUGCACAUCCUGGUCAGGUGUGCCCAGCACUUCUGCCACAGGCUUAACAGGCCCUUCAUGGACUAUGCGGAUACAGUGAUGCAUGGACUGGAAGCCAGCCCCAGCGCCUGGCUUCGGAAACACGCCCACUGGGGAAGGCAUAUGGUGAGCUUCUUCCUUAUACUCACCCAGCUGGGCUUCUGCUGUGUGUACAUUGUGUUUCUGGCUGAUAAUUUAAAACAGGUAGUGGAAGCUAUUAAUGGCACCACGAACAACUGCCAUUACAACGAGACAGUGAUUCUGACACCCACCCUGGACUCCCGACUGUACAUGCUUGCCUUCCUGCCCGUCCUGGUGCUGCUGGCCCUCAUCCGGAACCUCCGGGUGCUAUCCAUCUUCUCCAUGUUGGCCAACCUCAGCAUGCUGCUCAGCCUGGUCAUCAUCGCCCAGUACAGUGUCCAGGAAAUCCCAGACCCCAGCCGGUUGCCACUGAUAGCAAGUUGGAAGACCUACUCUCUCUUCUUUGGAACAGCCAUAUUUUCUUUUGAAAGCAUUGGCGUGGUUCUGCCCCUGGAAAACAAGAUGAAGAACACCCGCCGCUUCCCAGCCAUCCUGUCUUUGGGGAUGUUUAUCAUCACUGCCUUGUACAUUGGCAUCGGGGUUCUUGGCUACAUGCGGUUUGAAAAUGACAUAAAGGCCAGCAUAACCCUUAACCUGCCCAACUGCUGGCUGUACCAGUCGUUCAAGCUCCUCUACGUCGCUGGCAUCCUGUGCACCUACACCUUGCAGUUCUACGUCCCUGCAGAAAUCAUCAUUCCCUUUGCCAUCUCCCAGGUGUCAAAGCGCUGGGCACUGCUUCUGGACUUAUCCAUCCGCUUCACCAUGGUCUGCCUGACAUGCAUCUUAGCCAUCCUCAUCCCUCGCCUGGACCUGGUCAUCUCCCUGGUGGGCUCCGUGAGCAGCAGUGCCCUGGCCCUCAUCAUCCCGCCCCUCCUGGAGAUCGCCACCUACUACUCAGAGGGCAUGAGUCCCCUCACCAUCGUCAAGGACGCCCUGAUCAGCAUCCUGGGCUUCAUGGGCUUUGUAGCAGGGACCUACCAGGCCCUAGACGAACUGAUCCAGCCAGGACACUCUGUCACCUUUUCCAACUCUACCAUGUUGAUUCAGUGAGAAAGGCACUGCUCCUCACCCAUCGGCACCUGACUUUUAAUGAUAUGGAACUCUUGUAUAUAUGCAUUAUCUUUAUUUUGCUGCCUUACCUUUUCUCUGGGCCAAGUCACAGUGAAACAAGCAAAGACUCACCAGCUACAAGGUCUAGAUGGUAAUUAAAAAAUUGUUUUUGUUGUUUAUUCCUUUUCUUUCCAUCUCCAGCCAUUUACUACAUCGAGAGCUCUCCCUGUGAAGGCUCUCCAUUCUAUCCAACUCUUUGGCAA